UUUUUGCCAUAACUAACUUGCAACUAACAGCCUGUCUUUUAGUAGUUUAAAUAAACACACCCAAAAAAUUAUUUUUAAAUUUUUUUGCACAAUCAAAUAGAAGUAACGACAAUAUUUUCACCUAAAAUUGCUGCUUGCUGUAAAUAGCAUAGUACCGACCUGUUAACAAAGAACCAGCCUCUUUAACAGGCAAAGACGGAAACAGAGACAUAAACAAUUUUGACAUUUUAGCUAAAAUGGACAAUGAGGAAAGCAACUUGCACGAAGUUUGCCGCGUGUGUGCCAACAAAAUAAAGGACAAGAAGCGCCAGCGGCAUAUCUUUAAUUAUUUGCGGGGCAAGUUACUGCAAAAUCUGAAGCUCAUUACUGGAGUCGAGCUGUCGAUGAACGAAGGCUUGCCCAAAUUUAUUUGCGAUCGAUGCUACUCCGAACUUGAUUUGGCCAUCAAGUUUCGCGAGCGCUGUAUCUUUUCGCAAAAGUAUCUGGAGGAAAUGCUAACAAAGGUCCGCAAAGAAUUUGUAGUAAACACAGCCGAACGGGAGCUAUACGAGGACUUGAUCGAUGAGGAACAGCUGGAGUACAUUGAUGAGGAUGUGCAGUUUUUAGAAGAUAACGAUGUUGGAAAUCUGUUUGAGGAAAUGAGUGCAGAGAUUACUGAGGAUGAAGUUGCAGAAACUGGACAUGUAGAAGAGAACGCGAAUGAGGAUCAGUCGAGAAGCGAGAAACGGCAUUGGGUACUGUUGGAAGACAAACGGCCCGCUAAGCGAUUACGGCAUUUUUUUAUAUGUGAAGAAUGUGGAGAAUAUUUUAAGAAUGAGUACGAUUACAAUGAGCACAAAGAGGGGCAUUUGGAAAACAAAGAAUCAAAGAAAUUCUUUCCCUGUUACAAAUGCCCGGCGACCUUCAAAACCAGGAUCGCGUUGAAACUCCAUCGACGGGAAGAACAUUCCGGAGAGCGCAAUUUCAAGUGUGCAACUUGCGGCGAAACAUUUCUAGAACACAACGCCAAACAGCGCCAUGAGAAAGCACACAUCAAUGAGAGACCAUACCCUUGUCUAGAAUGCGAUAAGAUUUUUACUAGCGUAUCCGAGCUACGGGCGCAUUCCACUAGCCAUGCAAUGCGGAAAUUUAGGUGCGAGCCUUGUAACAUGGACUUCACAAUGCGCAAACAUCUCGUAGCGCACUCAAAUACAUAUCCACAUAAACGCACUGUCCAGCAAAUGCAGGAUGAAAUUGAUAUGCUAUAUGGGGAGACAGAGGAGGAAACGGAGAUUAUUUAGUUUAUAUUUCCAGUAUUUAAAUAAGUAUAAUUUGUAAUUACAAAUAUGCUUGUUAAAGUAAGUCAGUAACAGAAGAUUUGUUUAACAUAACGUUAACAAGAGAGAGCUUUCGGCAAGGCGCCUGCGCCUGGGAGGCCGCUUUUCAACAACAUAA